AUGAUAUUAGAAGGUCGUGGAAAGAAAGAAACAGUGAAUUAUGAGGAAGUGCUUGAAAAAUUCAUGGAGUACAUGGGAAGCAAUAUAACAUACAACAAAGACAUAUACAGUGAGUUUAAGUACUACUGUGAACAGCAUGAGAUUGAAGUAAUGAGUAAAGGAGACUUUGAAACGCUUAUGAAAGACAGUAAGGAGGUCGUUCAUGAGAACAGUGUUGAAAUAGUUCAUGAGAACAGUGAGGAGGUCAUACAUGAAUGCAAUGAUGAAAUAGUUCAUGAGAACAGUGAGGAGGUCAUACAUGAAUGCAAUGAUGAAAUAGUUCAUGAGAACAGUGAGGAGGUCAUACAUGAAUGCAAUGAUGAAAUAGUUCACGAUGUCGUUUGUGAAGAAGCCAUUGCAACAAAGAAUGAGAUAAAGGAUUUCAUAGAACUUAACAAGGAGGAGUUUAAAGAAGGCUAUGAAAUGAAAAGAUGUGAAGAAGAUUUCUUGGCGUAUUUGAAGAAAAAGAGACUAAAGCCAAUGGCUCAAAAUAAGUUUCAAUCGAUGUUUGAAAAGAAACGUUUGAGCUAUGGUGGUGUAAGAAGCACAUAUUACUUUGUUAAGAAGUGA